UGCUAAUUGCUUGAAUGUUUUAGUACAAAGGUGUCCUAAUCUUCAAGAACUUGAAAUCUUUUUUUUUUGAGAAAUUAUUCUGAGGAAAAGAUUUGUUUCAAAUUAGAGUCUUACCCAGCUUCAAAUACUUCGCCUUUUCUUUCAUUCGUUCCCUGUUGUACCCAAGUUACACUUGCCUUCAUAUAUAAAGAAAUUGCUACUGGGGGGGACUCGGAUAGAAAGCAUGAUUUUCUCCAUUGCGGGACUACAAAGUCUGGAGUAUCUCGAAUUAAGGGAUCCCGAUUUUAAUCAUUACGGAGAGUGGUGCCUUGGAGAUAUCACGUUCCUUAAACUUAGGGAGUUGAAACUUGUGAACUUAGGUAUCUCAAGGUGGGAUGCGUCAGAGGAAUCUUUUCCCCAGCUUGAAACACUUGUUAUAAAAAAGCCCUGGUUUCUCGAGGAGAUCCCCCUUAGCUUUGCAGAUAUUCCAACACUGAAACAGAUUAAGUUGAUAUUUACCCCCUUUUGCCGCAAUGAAUAUCUGGUGGCUUCAGCUGCGAGAAUUAAAAAAGAAGUUGAAGAGAAUGAAGGACGCGACCGUAUUGACCUCAUCAUUAUUGAGGAUGGUCUUGGAAAUAUCCAGAAGCUGUGAGUCACAAUGUGCUUAGGCAACUGCAGCAAAAGCACAGACAGAGUGGACAGAGUUCUUUCUUAGCAAAUUGUUGUGGUCUAUUAUGUAGCUGGCGAAAAAUCCCAAUCUCCUUAUACUGUAACAUUACUACUGAUUGCUAAGUCUGUUUUGAUUGAUUGAGACGCGUACCCUCUUUUUAGUAUGUUUCUAGUGAUUGUA